AGAGAGAGACCCCUCUUAAAGGGCACUGACAGCUUAUGGGAGUGUAAAGAAACACUUUUUUUGCCCCGCUGUGUUUUUAUGUUCACAACAUGAGAAAAAAACAUCAGGACAGCUAAAGGCUUACCUACACCAGCCAGCCAGUCAUGGAUUCUGCGUUUGAGAGGCACUGCUCGGAGCUGGUGGCCCGGGAGAGGAGCGGACACACAGCUGUGGUGGAGGAAAACCUGCUGUAUGUGUGGGGAGGUUACAUGUCAAUUGCUGAUGAUGAAGUUUUCCUUCCUAAUGAUGAAAUCUGGGAGUAUGACUUAGAACGAGGUGUAUGGAAAGUGUUUCACAUGUCAGGAGAGGUUCCUCCCUCGAUGUCUGGGACCUGCGGCUGCUAUCUCAAUGGACACAUGUACAUAUUUGGCGGCUGUGACGACAAUGGACAGACCAAUCAGAUCUAUUGUGUCAACCUGACAGACGGCAAAUACACCUGGAGGAAGAUCAUGCAUGAGGCCGGCUCUGCUCCCUCACCUCGAGACAAACUGUCCUGCUGGGUUUACAACGGAAGGAUCAUCUACUUUGGUGGAUAUGGUCACAAACUGCUGACUCAUGUUGAAAGCAGGAACAGAAGCUUCAUUGUAGAUGAAGCAUCAUGGGUGGAAGAUGUCUUCUGGGGAUGGAACAACGAGGUUCAUGUGUUUGACCCCAUGCAGGCCAGCUGGAGUGAACCACAGACCCACGGCCGUGCUCCGGCGCCCAGGGCCGCCCACGCCAGCGCCACCAUCGGAGGCAGAGGAUACAUCUGUGGAGGCCGAGUCAUGGAAACAAGGACUAGUGACAUUCACUGCCUGGACUUUGAAUCGUGGACGUGGACUGAAAUAGUCCCAGCGUCCUCCACUCCAGUGGGCAGAUCGUGGCACACGCUCACCGCCGUGUCAGACAGCAGCUUGUUCCUGUUCGGAGGUCUCAGUGUCGACUGCAAACCAAUGAGUGAUGGCUGGUUGCUUGACGUUGCAACAAAGAAAUGGAGAGAAAUUGAGCAUCCCUAUAAGAAUAAGCCAAGGUUGUGGCACACAGCAUGUCCAGGCAAGGACUCUGAUGUGAUCGUGUUUGGUGGGAGUUGUGACUACAUCCUCCUUGUCGACACCGGUCACUGCAAUGAUGCACUUAUCUUCCAGACGCAGCCAUAUCCUCUAUUCAGGAUUUGUGAGGAUUACAUCGCAAAGAAUGUGAGGAACUUUGAGCAGCUCAGAAAUCAGCUUCCUCUCCUUCCUCCCAAGCUGCUGACAGCCGUCCAGAGGAGGACGUCUUACUACCGGCCUUCAAAGAAACACAAAUAUUAGUUCAGAGAAUGUCUUCAUUGCCAAAAUGAUACAAUACAAUUUUAUUUAAGUACUGUACUCCCCUCAGUUUGAGCAUCUCAGCCACUCUGUUGGGGAGCAAUUUUUAUUUUUUGAAUAUAUUGUGCAGAAAUAUUUUAUGGUGUUAUAUUUUAUUGUUUUAGAGAUGCACAUUUUAUUUUCUACAGUCUGCCUGUUGAAAUACUCUUACAAACGUUACUGUGAUGACUGUAAGGAUUAAAUGGCACAUGGAACUGUU